AUGACAGCUAGCGGUUAUGACGGCGUUAGAGAAGGGCUCAGUUUAGUCAUCCUUUGUCUCCUUGUGACCCUCUUAACUUCAAAACGACUACUAGUGAAUUUACGCUUGAAAAUGAGUGCACAGAUAUACCUGCUGUUGUUAUGCCUCUUCAGAACGGCAGCAUCCGAUAGAGUAGUCAUGACCAACAAUGGACCCAUUCAAGGGGUGACGCAGAGUGCUGACUCAUUCGAAGUGGAAGCAUUCCUAGGAAUACCAUACGCCGAACCACCUAUGGGGAGACUGAGGUUUAUGAAACCUGUUCCCAAAACAUCUUGGUCUGGAGUCUUGGAUGGUUCGAUUCUGCCACCACCGUGCAUACAGAACAGCACACAGAAAUUGUACUUCAUGCCAGACAUUGACAACAUGUCUGAAGACUGUCUGUAUCUGAAUGUUUGGAUUCCGGCUACUGCGUGGAAUGACAUAAAGUUAAAGCCGGUGCUUUUCUUUAUUCAUGGAGGGGCCUUCAACAUAGGGUCAUCCAAUAUGCAGGUGUACAAUGGAGCUAAAAUGGCUGCAUUUGGUGAUGUUGUCGUUGUAACCAUCAACUACAGAAUUGGAGUCAUGGGCUUUUUCUCUGCUUUUAUAGACGGGGCAGUCGGAAAUAUGGGUCUUUAUGACCAGGUACAGGCCCUUAAGUGGUUCAAAGCAAACGCGGAGUCUUUCCGGGGUGACCCCGAGCACAUUGUGCUCAUGGGAGAAAGUGCCGGGGCCAUGUGCGUCUCUGGUCACCUGACCUCACCCCUCACCAAGAACCUCUUCAAGAGGGCCAUUCUACAAAGCGGUGCUGACAUAUCUCCUAUCAUAAUGGACGACAAUGAGCGGGUGUACCAGACGUCGCAGAAGUUGGCCAAACUUGCCGGUUGCGCAGACAAGACGGUGACUUUGAAAUCAAAUCCCCACCUCAUCGUGGCUUGCCUCAAGCGUUUACCCGCCGAUGAACUCUCCCGCCUUGAAGGUCUGUUGAUGAUGCACAACCCUAUCACCUUCUUUCCGAGAGUUGGCGACGAGUACAUGCCCAAGGCGUCCAUCUUCUCUUACAGAGAGGGCAACAUCAUGCAGACGGAAAUUCUGGUUGGAAUCAACGACCAAGAGGGAACUUUCUUUCUGAGUGCCGCGGCACCUCAGUACUUUGGCGUCUACGGUGCCAACAAUGUGAAGACCAUCGGCAAGAGGCUUGCCUAUCAAAUGACUCGUGUCAUCUUCAAGAACACUGAACAGAAACAAGAGGCGGAGAUCGCUGACUUCUAUAUCAACACCUUGCAGAACGCCACUUCCGACACCUACACUUAUGCCAUUGCUCAGUCUCUGGGAGACUGGCUCAUCAACUGCGCUUCCGUUUUCUUCGCAGAGCUCAACUCAUUGGCAGGAAACAACGUCUAUUACUAUGUAUUCAAGAAGAGGCCGGAUUCUUCUCCUCUGGCAGAAUGGAUGGGAACGACGCAUUUUGACGAAAUACAGUACGUAUUCGGAAAUCCUUUGCAUGACAACUUCACUAAGGAAGAGGUUAAAUUUAGCAGGAGGAUGAUGGCUCGAUGGAUAUCUUUCAUCAAAAAGGGAGAUCCCAACAUUCAAGACAGCAUCCGAUGGGAGCCAUUCAGCUUGGAAUAUCCGGAAUAUUUGUUGAUAGACUCCGAAGAGAGCGUCCAUUUAAGGCCGACCGGACACCGUUGCGAGUUCUGGCGGGAUCGAUUCCAUGCGGACAUCACUCCGAACAUGGUGGAAAACCUGAGACGAGAUAAGGUUUCCGGUAGCCAUGCAAUAUCCGCCAACUUCAUCGUUGUCACAUUCUCUGUCCUUUCUCUAUGUUUCUUGUCACAUGAUGUGAUGAUGAGACUCAGUGUUGCCAUUUAAGAAGUGAUGUUCUGAGAGACGAUCGUACUUUGCUAUGGGUUUCUGUUGUGUGACACCAGGUGCAUGAAAGUACUUGGUUCCUCACUCAACAAAAUCAUUCUGUGCCAUUACACGAAAAAGUCAACCGCUUGUCCCGCAUGAGACGGUUCAUACAUUUCAUUAAAAUUAAUUAUUUUAAAGGGUAAUGACGAAAUUUUUGCUCAAGGUAUCACACAUAAGUUUGUAAUUUGUUAAGCAGAAAAAAAUUGUUUAACAAUAUUUUAAUUAUUAUUCUUUGUGACAUAUAUAAGGCGUCACGUGGGGGACAAAAUGACCGUUUUCCGUGGAAUGGCCCUUCUAGACAAUUGUACAUCGAUAGAGUGUAAACGAGACUAUAAUUUCUUGUAAGAGCUUUGAAAGUGUGGAAGUUAUUUCACAUUAGGAAUGUUCUAUAGUGGAUUUCAUUACGUGGAACUCACUUCAUUUUAUGGUGACUUUAAUGGUGAUUUCAUAUUGUUAAGUUACUUUACUUUAUGAUGACUAUAAUGCUGAUUUCAGAUCAAUUUCGACGGCCACAAAAUACAUCGAUUGCAAUAGGUUGUUGCCAUGGUUAUCAUGACGAUUACAACGAAGAUUUAUAUACGUCAUGGCGCAAUCAACCAAUCAAGGUUCCCUAAGUGAAAUUAAUGGAGAAAAAUUGCUGAUGAGUAAGCAAUGAGAAACAUGAGAGUGUGUUAUGUAGAACUAAUAGGCUUCUACAAAAUCUUUGUUUUUGUCCCUGUCGAUGUGAUACCAGAAAAGGAGAAUUAAUGUGAUAUUACGAAGUGUAUUCAUUUCAAUUUGGUAGUUUCCCAUGCUGCUAUGGGACACUUUGUGUGAUUUUCAGUUUACUGCAGAGAAAUCUGCAUAACCUGAAGAUUUUUUUCUCAAUAAGUGUUCAUGGCUAGGAUAUGCUGGGAUGUUACAUAUGUUUAUAGAGAACAUUUACAAACAAUCAUUCUGAUACAUAAACUUCAUUUUUGUGUGCCAUGUUCAAAAAAUGUAUUUCAUGACUUAAACGCAACAGAUGAAAACGUCAAGUAUCUGCUGAGAAUUAAGAAGUAAGGAAAAAAAAAUUCCACCUGCGUGUUUUUAACAGGGAUCUCUUACUCAAACCACAAUGAGAAAUAGUAGAAAUGCCAUCUAUUGCUGUUGGAGAGUCUGUUCUGAAAUAUUUGAAAACCGAUAAUUUUGUCUCUCAAAUUAUGAGAAGUGCUGUAUUAGCUAAUGCAUGCUAUUAUUUAAAUAUUUAAAUCAGAGACGCCCCGAGCGCAAAUUUUUAGAAGGACGGAAAUUCUCAAUUUGCCGAAUGGAACUCUAAAUUUUCCAGAAGAUGACGAUUUUGUCGAAUGGAACUCCAAAUUUCGACGAAUGAUGAUAAUUUUGCCGAAUGGAGCUCCAAAUUUCGCCGAAUGGAGCUCCACAUUUCACCGAAUUACGAUAAUUUUGCCGAAUAGAACUCCAAAUUUUGCCGAAUCGUCAGACAAAAUUUGCAAAUUAAGGAUUUUUGGGAGAUCGCGGUGACCUACCGUGACCUGCAUCGGGGUGCCUCUGAGUUAAAAUAUUAAUUUCACUAAUGUAUUAAUAUUUGAAUGCAUUUGUGCGAAACAAUCCUUUUAACACAUAUACUCUUAUGUUCAGAUACUUGAUUACCGACAAUUUUUCUCCAUUCCCAGUUCCCAAACUGCAAAUACCUAUACAUACUAUAAUAGGUAAAGAGCGUGACAACAAGUUUUUUCCUAUGAUUUGACUAUUGUUCCAAAUGGUAAGCUCAAAGACAUGAAGACUGAUUUCUUUUAUUCCCGAAUCAAAGUGUAGUUCAAAAUUUGAAUAUCCUCACAGUUAAGGGAGUCAAUAUUAUGAACAGUAGGGUAACGCACCAGUAACAGACAAAGGUCCAGUAACAGACAGUUGUAAGUUUGGAUUUGAAUAAUUAGAUUUUUAGGCGGAUAAAACUGAUGUUACUAUAAAUACUGUGCAACCAUCUAGUGUUUAUCACAGUGAAUUUUAUAAGCCAGUUGGUAUUUACAAAAGCAAUAGUGGAAGGUUAUGAACAAGCCACCACGAGGUCUGCCGGUGUUCCGUGUUCAUUUGAAUUUAAUAAGGUUUUAGAUACGUGAAAUACACCCCCAGCUCAGUGAAUUCCAGCCGAGGACUGCAGUUUCGUGCUUAUUAGCAGUCAUCAGCCCGGCAUAGGAGUGACUGAGCUGGAGGUGGAAAACCUCUUAAGGAAGCCUAGAGUGCCAACUGAGGCCUUAACUGAACUGUUUUCACGUAUUUCUGCCUUAGCCCUGGCAAUAGGGCGGUAACUUACUGAAUAAGGUUUUAGAUGUUUAAAAAAAAAUUUUUUGCAAAUUUUGAAGAGAAAAGGGGAAUUCUGUCCAUUACUCAUCCUAUCUGUUGCUGGGUUUCAUCAGAAUUUUGGUGUCUGUUACUGGGGGGUCGGACCUUUUUACGAAAUUGAGCAAAUAAAAAUAGAAUUAACUAACUCAAAGGAUCCAGAAGCAGCCAAACGCUAAAUGAGAUAUAGUUGCAUGAGAGAAAAAUAGUUUUAAAAGUCUAAAUACAUUAAAAUGCUCAGAAAAUUGAGUUAACCUGAGAGUGAUGUCUUAAGCAUGUAUGUUACUGUUGCCGUUACCCUGCUUAGUAUUUGAAAUCAUCUGCAUAUUGUCCUCGCCUCAUCUUCAGCGGUUCGCCCCAUUCUAAUCAACAGUUUGCGGAUGGUAGACAUAGUUCUGCAGAUAAAUGUUAGUAAACUUUGUAUGAGCUUCAAAUUAUUUAAUUUUUACAUCAUUUCAUCCCGAAAAAAGUGUUAUACUAUCUAGAAGAUCGGUAUAAUUCAAAAGAACUAAGGCUUUCAAGACUGAUAUCAUUAGUAUAACUAUUUUACAACCUUAAAAGCAAAAUCCAUUUAUCAUUUUCUUAUAUGCAAAUGUUUUGCCUUGCUAAAAUUCGCCUUAACAGCAGACUUCAUGACAGCAAAAAUAUUUCAGCAUGCAGCAAUACCAAAGAGGAUGAACCAAUCAGAAGCAAUGUCACCAAAUCUCAGACUGAUAGCUUGUCCAAGGCAUAGAAUAAUUCUUAGGCUAUGUGCAAUAUACCGACAUCCCAGUUAUGCCACCCAAGAGACUGAAGUUUUGGCCUUGUUUUGGAUUCAUCAAUCUAGAAUAUACAGUACCUGGAAGCACAUGUCAUAUCAUUGAAGCUGAUAAUGGCAACAAACUAAAAUAAAUUUAGCACACCAACGAGAGUGCAUUGGUGCAGUUCAACUCGUCAGUUGAAGGCAAAACUUGGGCGCUAAGUUACGUUAAAGAAAAGUUUGUAGUCUCUAUAUGACGUAAAUAGUUUAUCGGUAUAUUGCAUGUAGUUCUGCUUAGCCCUGGCUAAAGGGCGGUAACUUACUACUUAUUGGUCUAUGGUACAAGAAAGAUUAAAAUUAACAUUCUUUAAAAAAAAUUAAAAAUGGGCCGUCUUUGUCAUUUGAAGAAUUCUGAGAUAUGUCUACCGACAUCGUAGCCAGAAACAGCAAACCUCAUUAGAAUAGAAAAUAACUUUUUUAGUACAACUUGAACUCGCGAAGUUUUUUCCCUUGAUUUCUUUGCAAAGUUGAACAGUUUAUCUCAGAUGAAAAUACAACAGAAAAUAUGUAAGUUGGUUUCAUUAUGCUUUGUUGUUGUUCUCAUUAUCAACAAAUUUGCUGCUAAGUGUGUAUGAAGAACUUUCUAGACAUGAAGCUUAUUUGACGGUACUUCAUAAGGGUUAUAUAUUCAAUCCCCCACGAGUUAUCCUAAAAUGCAAACAAAAGCAUAGUUUACAUUUUUCUGCCAAACUACAAAGACAUUAUAAUCUGACUCUGAUAAGUUAACUUUCGAUCAACUGACGCUUAAACGAUUCCAUUUGUAAUAAGGGUAAGGAAAGUCGGUUGCUUGGGCGAUAACGAUCAUUGUCGUUGUGCCAAGAUUUCUACCUCUUUCAAUCCAAUUAUUAAUAUCUUGUCCAAGAUCGAGCAUCUUGUUACCAAAGCUAUUUUAUAACCAAUGAAGAGGUGCAAUGAACAAAAACUUUAUUAUUUCAAAAGUUGGAGGUUUGCAGACAAGCAGUUUGUCAGCUGAGUGUAAAUUUCGUUUUAAGAACUGAUCAGUGCCUAAUAAAAGCCAAUUCCUAUUUUCAUGUAGGUACAUCUUGUUGAUUUUAUUUCUCUCACAAUUUAACUUAGUUUCAUUCAAAGUAUUAUUUUUGUUAAAAGCCAUCGCAAAUUCUUAGUGUCAUUUCUGUGAAAUGUAAGUUUACCUUUCUAGCGUCAUAUUGUUAUUUUGUUGAAUGUGUACUGUAAAUGUGUCAAAUUGUAUGUUUCAUAUAAAGCUAGAAUAAAUGUUGUAUUUU